CGGGUCACCAGGCAUCAGGUCAUUUGGCUCGACAGCGGGCACCGCGUCAUCUGGCAAGGCAGUGGGCUCCGAGUCAACAGGCACGACAGUGGGCACCGGGUCAUCAGGUACCGGAUUGUCUGGCUCGACAGCAGGCAUCGGGUCACCAGGUAUGACAGCGGGCACUGGGUCACCAGGCAUCAGGUCAUUUGGCUUGCCAGCGGGCACCGCGUCAUCUGGCAAGGCAGUGGGCACCGGGUCACCAGGCAUUGGAUCGUCCGGCUCGACAGCAGGGCAUCGGGUCACCAGGCAUCAGGUCAUUUGGCUCGCCAGCGGGCACCGCGUCAUCUGGCAAGGCAGUGGGCACCGAGUCACCAGGUACGACAGCGGGCUCUGAGUCAAUUGGCACGACAGCGGGCACCGGAUCAGGUACCGGAUCAUCUGGAUCAACAGCGGGCAUCGAGUCAACUG